UAAAACCGCUCACUCCUUCGCCACGUUUGGACCUCUUUCCCCCACGUCAUCUCAACAUAGACCGACCAAUUCCUCUUCUUCGGUCAUGUCACCCGUUUCCUCGACUCAGUCCUUAGGGUACGAGCCCGUACAAGAACGUGGUCGGGCACGGAGACGAUCGUCGAGCCUCUCAUUAUCGCUUUCCAUGGCACUAGCAUUCGGAACGGCAUCAUACCAGCAUGUCGUUACAGCCGCCACAGACAAUAUUACCGGAGUGCAGUCUGCGAUGGACCACAGCCAGCCUUUUUGGACGACGAACUCCUUCGUUUCGUUCGGAUCUGGCGCGACAUUGGAGUCGCCCACGACCGGCUCAUCAUUGGCGUUCGAUAAAGUGUUAUCGCACUCUCUUAUGCAAAUCUCAUCUGCCCCGCCACAUAAAUCACGACAACACGAGUUGCGACAAACGACCGUUCCUACGGCUACGCCGCAUCACAGGCCUCCCUAUGUCCAUCCCUCGCUCCAGUCUUUCUUCACCGACUCUGACAUGCCCAAGUCGCGUACCAGGACCGCCACUUCCGCGUUCGCUUCCACCACCUCCGCAUUCACGUCCACCGAUUCCGCUUUCGCCUCAACAACGCCCUCGUUGACUUCGCAGAUGACCAUGAUUUCUCACGAACCGAUACCCUCAGCCCUCACUUCUCAGAUGACGAUGACCUCGCAUAUCCCGCUACCGUCAGAAUCGCACACUUCGGAGAUGACCAUGACUUCUCAUGAGCCGUUACCCUCAGAGUCCUUCCCGGGGCCACCUCUACCACCGAUUCCUGCCAGCGAAGGAGAUGCAACGUCGUUGGACAAGGCGGCACAGCGGGCCUCGAGGGUCUCGACGGCGACAACGGUCAGGACACCGUCGAAGAGGAGAAAUAAUAGGAAUGACGCAUUGGCAAGGCUGGAGGGGAGGGUCAGAGAGGCGAAAAAGGUUGCGGAUCGUGAGCGGGAGAGUGGCAGGGUUCGGGAGCAAAACAAAGCGGUCGGUGACAUAUUUCUGGAGGUGGACGAUGACGACGACUAUGACAGGGAUUUCAUGUUUAUGAGUGACGACGAGUCAGAAGAGACGCACAUGCACUCCCUUGCUCCCCCACCUACUCCGAUUCCCACUGUGCCGAUCUCUUCACCUGUCUCCGAUCCCAAUGCCGGUCCUGGGAGAGCAGUGCAGGGGAGGCGCAGACGAAGUACGAUGGAGAGUUGGUUCCCUCCUCUAUCGAAUUUUAUGGACCUCCGGGAUGAUCGGGAUGGGUGUGAGUCUGGCAGCAGUGGGGGUAGAGGGAGUGCGGGAUGGAGGAGUGUGGUAGGCGUGGUGACUACAGGAGGUUAGGGCAUGGAAGGGCGCCGUCGUCUUUGGGUGGCGUGGCGUGGCGUGAAGGUCAGUUUUCGGUACAUGUCUCCCCCUAGCCUGAUUGAGCAUUUCCCCAGUUAUGGACUCGCACUUCUGUGGUUAUUUGAUUUCUUUAUGCGUUCUUUGCUCUCGUACAUCUUCUCUCGCACAUGACACUGUCCAUAAAACAUUGCACUCUUUACUUCUGUCGUGUACCUUAUAUUGCGACUUUCCACUCUCUUUAUCGCCCUUUCCUUUCUUUGUGUUUUUAUCUCUGAAGAAUAUUAUACUGCGCUCCGUCUAUUAAUUCACUCUACACGCACUGUCUCAUAGUUAAAACUCCCCACACAUGAUUAGUUUAUUGCCAUAUGUCUAAAAUUCGUGGAACAACACACGCCGCUCUUUGUUCGCCUACUCGAUACAUGGUCCCUGUCUAUAAUCCAUUGCUCUCGUCGUAAUUAUGAACAUUAUAUUCGUCACUACACACGACACCGUGACUCGACCUCGC